GAGAGAGAGAGAGAGACACAGACAGAGAGAGACAGAGAGAGAGAAAGAAAGAGGUGUGUCAUAGCAAGUUAGUUCCUUGAGGAAGUACAACUCAACAUUAUCUUAAGACAGGGUGGAAGCACUGACAGAAGCGCUGCAUGAGGGCAGUUUUUUCAGGUUUUGGUUCUGUUCGUGGUGAAGAUAAAGGGCUCUCAUUAAAUCAACCGGCCUGGGCUGUCAACCUGAAACACAGAGCAGAGUGAGAGAGAGAUAUCUGACACACACCAAGAGGGAGGGGGACUCAACACACACAGGCAACCAUGGACUCCUUCAGCUCCAAGGACAUGGCCUUGAGGGCGCAGAAGAAGAUCCUGAGCUCCAUGGCCACCAAAAGCUCUGUCCAAAUGUUCAUUGACGACACCACCAGCGAGAUCCUGGAUGAACUAUACCGCGUCUCCAAAGAGUACUCUGGUAAUAAAACAGAGGCCCAGAAGGUGAUCAAAGACUUGGUCAAGAUUGCCGUGAAGAUUGGCUUGCUGUUUAGGAACAACCGUUUUAGCACAGAGGAGCUGGGAGUGGCCACCGAUUUUAAGAAGAAGCUGCACCAGGGGGCCAUGACGGCUAUCAGCUUUUACGAGGUGGAUUUUACCUUUGACAAAGCAGUGAUGGAAGAACUCCUGACCAGCUGCAGGGAUCUGCUGCUGAAGCUAGUCAACACCCACCUCACCCCUAAAUCCCACGGUCGCAUCAACCACGUCUUCAACCAUUUCUCUGACCCAGAGCUCCUGACCAAACUGUACGAGCCCAGCGGCCCCUUCCGAGACCACCUUACCAAGAUCUGCAAAGGACUCGACAAACUUAUGGAGGACGGGACAAUAUGACAUAGAACUAAUACAAUUACACACAGACACUGGGAGAUCAACAGGCAUACUCAGCUAAGACUCAGACCUGUUGAACACAAUUGGUCUUACCGCUGCGGAGGACUCGCAGCGUAAGACAAUUGAUUUGAGAACAAAACUGUUGCCCCAUUGUUCUCAAAGAACAUAUAGAUUAAAAAAUAAAAGUUGGUUGACUCAGUGCGUUACAUUUGCACCAUUACAUUUGUGCUCUGGAUUCAGAGAUAAAUUGAACGUGCUAUCAUUACUCAAGAUUUUUAUGUUUAGAGAUGAUACUGUAUGAUACUGUAUAAUUGUGAUAUAUACACCUGUCUAUUGAGACAAAACCAAACUUGAAUAUAAAUUGGUUCAUACUAUAUCAACUGUUUUAGAUUAUGAAAUGUCAUCCAAUGUGAAAUGUCUGAGGCCUUGACAUGUUUCACAUAGAAUUACUGAUGUUAGGUUAUCUGGAGGAGGAGGAGUUAGAACAGCUGGAAAGAUUUCAUAAAGAGAACAGACAGGGAACAAUGCCACUGUAAUACAGCACUGCCAUCUGUUGGUCAAGACGCCGCUUCAGCAACUCAAUGCACAGUAUUUACUUCAGUGCCUGGAAGUCAAUGCAGCCAAUAAUAAACAAAUAAUCACACAGAAGAAAAUUACUUAGACAGACACUUUGCAAUCUCAGCUUCAAAACAUUUUUAGAAGCAUCAACCAAAAGACUGACUCUUAAAUAGUGUUGAAUGUUAAACCUAUAAUUCAUGUUUCUCUGAAGACUGGAUCUUACUGGAGAUUAAGACAGGCGUUGUUCUUAGGGUUUUACAUUACAAAGACAUAA